AUGGCCUGCCUUGCCACCAGUUUCUGUGGAUUUCCCAGCUGCUCCACCAGUGGGACCUGCGGUUCCAGCUGUGGCCAGCCCAGCUGCUGCCAACCCAGCUGCUGCCAGCCAACCUGCCCCCAGCCCAGCUGCUGCGAGCCAAUCUGCCCCCAGCCCAGCUGCUGCCAGCCAAUCUGCCCCCAGACCAGCUGCUGCGGAACCAGCUGUGGCCAGGAGGGUGGCUCUGGAUCUGUGAUCUGCCGCACCCGGUGGUGCCGCCCUGACUGCCGCGUGGAGGGCACCUGUGUGCCUCCCUGCUGUGUGGUGAGCUGCACUCCCCCAACCUGCUGCCAGCUGCACCACGCCCAGGCCUCCUGCUGCCGCCCAUCCUACUGUGGACAGUCCUGCUGCCGCCCCUCCUGCUGCUGCCACUGCUGUGAGCCCACCUGCUAG